AUGUCUCGUCCAUUGCCUAUCACGCUGCAUGGCGCUGUCACGAUCCUCUCUCCGAGUGUCCGAGCGACUGGAGUCAAUAAGGGAGCUAAAGUAACAAUCUAUGACGGGGCUGCCGAGGUUGGAUCGGGAGUCUCAGAGGUUGACGGGGAGUUCCUCGUUCCACUUGAGACAUCAUUGCUAGUGGAGCGGCAUCUCUUGAAAGGGGUACAGACGACUGCUGGUGGAACAAGCUCUCAAACGGACUACAGUGUAGAAGUUACUGGAGUCGACCUUGAAGCUCCAUUCCUUGCUUCCACACUCCAUACCUGCAUGACCGACAUCCUUGUCGACGGGCUUACGCCAGGCGCAACGCUGAUCACGACGAUCAACGGAGACCGAUUUGGGGAAUCGACGAUCCUGAGCCCACUGAGCUGGUGCGGUAUCGACCGUGAGAAGGACAUUCCGGCAGAUGCCGCUGUCACCAUUCACCAAGAAGCUACAAUCAAUGGAGCCGCCGCAAUCGGUCCAAGCCCCAAUUGCCCCAAAUGCUCAGCGUUCGCUUACCCUUACGACAAGCUUCUGACAGGAUUGUUGAUGUCUCCAAUUGAAUGCGACACCAAUCGAAGCUUUACGGGUAUGGUACCCGGAGCGAUAACCGAGAUCCAAAACGAAGGCCAAUGGGAAAUCUGGCUCAACCCAACCAAUACGUUCACCGGCUUUAGAGGACUGCCACUAAAGAAGGGUUCUAUCCAAAUGGUGCAGAAGCUCCCUCGGUGCAAGAGAGACGGUGCCCCUUGGGAUGGUGUCGUCAAACCUCUCGAUGCUCUACCGGCGCCGAUUGUGGUUCAUAGCCUCUGUCGUGAGCUCCGGCGUCUUACAGUCUCGCAGCUGUUGCCCACCGGGACGUUGAGCCUGUGGCGUAUGAUAAAUACACAUGGAGGUUCAGUAAUAGGAGAGCAGAUUGGGUACCAUCCUUCCUCCUCGACAACUGAGACAGUUGAUCUGCCUCCGGAUCUGCAGCUCGAUGAUCCACAAGGCGUUGUUUCGAUCUCUGUCCGACAAUCGCGUUGCGGUAUCCAGAGUCCCGAGACCAUCGUACAGGUCGCCUCAGGCUCCAGCGUUGUCGGCCCGCCGAAGUUCACAACAAACCUCUAUGAAUGUGGGCGCUGGAUACCGUUGGCUAACCUCAAUCCGGGCUCCAAUAUUCAAGCCUUUGAUUCACGUGGUCCGAUCUCCGACCCUUUCUUGGCGCAGAAAUCGGUCAUGUCGCUCAAGACGUGGAGACGACUCAGACCAGGCCAGCUCUACGUUGUUGAAACGGGCUGCAGGACUGAUCACAAGAUCGUCAUAGACGUGCUGCCCCUUCCAAGUCCGCUGCCUACACCCAAGAUCACUGCCCCGCUCCGCCCAGAGUUCCAGUACGUCCGUCUCGAAGGAGUGAUCACAGGCGCAAGCGUCUACAUCCUGGUUAACGGAGAAGUCCAAUCCGCACCUGUAGAGAUGGCCGAUCCCGCCGUCGGUAUCAUAUGGCUUUGGAAUGCCCUCAAUGAUAAAGAUAGAGUCACAGCAGUGCAGAUGCUCUGCGAACAUGCGUCAACACUAAGGGAGAGCGAGUUUACACAGGCGCUACGGGGAGAUCUCAAGUUGGCUGGAAUACCAUCUCGAGCAGUUCGCGAUACGACUGUAACAUUCACAGUGACGGCGCGUGACGCAGAAACGGGCCAAGUUUUGCCUACGACAGUUUCCAUCAACGGAGUCAUUAUUGGCUCGGCAGGACAACCCCUUCACUACUCGCCACGGCUCGGCGAUACAAACCCUCGUGGUGUUGUCAGCGCCGGACCGGCAUACAUAGAUGCCGAGUUUACCAUAUCCCUGGAUGAUCCAAUUCGCAACUGGAACCUCAACCUUCGCGCUCAAUGGUGUCCGACUACUUUCACGACAAACACCAACUGGACGGUUAUUAUAGACAUCACCGAGCUGAACUGGAACGUUGUCCCAAGAUGGAAUCCUUCCGCGGCCAGGUCCGUCCGGGUACGCCCUGACAACCCCGCCAUACCCACAUUCUCUAGCAUAUCAGUUCUGCUGCCGAUCCCCACUGGCUCAGAAAAGAGGAUGGAUGUGACCGUCUCCGGCAGUACUGAUCCACGAGAUCCAUCAGUGUCGGCUGCUACGGUUCCGGCAGUCACGGCAGUGUAUGAGUACACUGGCAAUAAUAACGGACUGAUAAGCUUCACUUUGACUACGCCCUUUGUUUUCGACCCAGUCACUGGAGAACUUGUUUAUUGGGUGGUUCCACAGUACGCGGGUGCCUCUUAA